UUUAGGGCAACGGGUAAACAAAUGGCGCAAGCAACGAGCAAGGCUUGUAGCGUCCCGGGCUGCUGCUGUUACUCCCAGAAGCAGCCGUAUCUGUCGUUUCACUCCUUCCCUGUCCACGGUGAAGUCCGACGGAGAUGGAUUCAGGCUAUCCGGCGGGAAGAAGGACCGGACUUUACCAUUCAAACCGGGAGCACGUACGUCUGCAGCAGACACUUCACGUUAGACGACUACGUUUUAGGGAUGAGUUCCCCCUUCUCCAUCACUAUCCUCCGGCUGAAAGCAGACGCCGUCCCGAGCCUGUUCCCCUGGAACGAUUUCACCCCUGGAGGGAAAAUGGACCGUGUGUAUGAGCGGAGCCAAAAACGGCCGCCGGUACCGUCCGUAGGAGCCGAGAUAAAGGACGUAACACGGCCGCCGGUACCGUCUGUAGGAGCCGAGAUAAAGGACGUAACACGGCCGCCGGUACCGUCUGUAGGAGCCGAGAUAAAGGACGUAACACGGCCGCCGGUACCGUGUGUAGGAGCCGAGAUAAAGGACGUAACACGGCCGCCGGUACCGUGUGUAGGAGCCCAGAUAAAGGACGUAACACGGCCGCCGGUACCGUGUGUAGGAGCCCAGAUAAAGGACGUAACACGGCCGCCGGUACCGUCCGUAGGAGCCCAGAUAAAGGACGUAACACGGCCGCCGGUACCGUCCGUAGGAGCCGAGAUAAAGGACGUAACACGGCCGCUGGUACCGUCUGUAGGAGCCCAGAUAAAGGACGUAACACGGCCGCCGGUACCGUUUGUAGGAGCCCAGAUAAAGGACGUAACACGGCCGCCGGUACCGUCUGUAGGAGCCCAGAUAAAGGACGUAACACGGCCGCCGGUACCGUCUGUAGGAGCCGAGAUAAAGAAGGCGUUGUAUGACGCUUUGAAACGGGAACACGAUUAUGCGACGCCGCUGCCUGCAGGUAUGCUAGACGGGACGGUUGAGUACAUCGAGUACCUGGAGGCCCAGCUGAAGAACGCCUUGCGGCCGCCGUCGUCAGACCUCUUCGGCCGCUACUGCGCGUCAGACGACCAGAUGAGAUUCUACACCAGGUUUCCGUCCGAGCGCGUGUUUCGGAUCUUCUGGGAGUCCAUCGCCCCUUCUGCCUCUCGGCUGCUCUCCUGGACUGAAGCCCAGAGGAUCGGCGAGGGCUCCGGUGACCUCCUCGCCAGUCCCAGCCCCCCUAGCACGCUGCCGUUAAUCGAUGAAUUUCUGAUUUACUGUAUGCAAGUAGCGGUCGGCGCGAAGGAGCAGGUCAUCGCCGACACGUUCCGGAUACGUUUAACCGCAGUGAGCCGUGUGACCAUCACCUGGGCCAAUUACCUCUACUUCCUUCUGGGGGCGCUUCCUCUUUGGGCGAGCAGGGAGAAGGUGAAGGCCGCCAUGCCCGGAAAAUUCAAGAAGUGCUGUCCCGAUGUCCGUGUGAUACUGGACUGCGCUGAGAUUCCCGCGGCGGCGGCGGCGACGGCUUCCUCUUCGCGAUCGCGAGCGUCCUCCCGCUGCAGAAACGGGACGACCUUUAAGCCCUACUUUAAGGGACUGAUCGGAGUCGCCCCCCACGGUCUGGUGACCUUCUUCUCGCCGCUGUACGCUGGAAGCGUCUCGGACGAGGAGAUGACGAAGGUCAGCGGGGUCCUUCCCUUACUCGAGCCAGGGGACGAAGUGGUGGCCGGCGAAGGAUUCGGCAUCGGAGAGCUCCUUUCCGGCGUCGGGGCGAAACUGGUCGCUGCGCCGGUCGAGCGUUCAGCCCGCUCCGGGAUUACGAGAGAGGACGGCGAGAAGACGCAAGCCGUGGCGCGCCUCAGGACGGUGGCGGGAAGGGUGAUAGGCCGAAUUAAGUCCAAUCACAUCUGGGACUCGCCCGUACCUCCCGCUCUGAUGGGCACGGUCAGGCAGAUCUGGCACAACUGUUGUGUUAUGGUGAAUUUUCAAGGACCUUUGUCUUUAGACGAAGACUGAGAUCUGGAGAGGAUGUCGGGAUGCGAUGAUGCAUACCAGGGCUGCACAAUCAAUCGCAAAUCUAUCGAAAUCGCAAUAUGGACUAUAGUGCAAUAUCCAAAUCGCAAUGUUUGUUAAAGGCAAAAUGUGUCAAACCGUUCUGAAUGAAGUAUUGUGGGGCU